CACAGACCAAGGGGGAGAGGGAGAGAGAGAGAGAGAGAGAGAGAGGGAGAGAGGGAGUGUGAGGGGAGAGAACACAUCGCAGCAGAGAUGCAGCAGGAGGUUUUCCGAGAUUUCGGGGGCUGGUCAUGGUGUCCGGUGAGAAGGUGUGGGACCCCCUCCAUGCGGGCCUUAUUCAGCCACGUCUGAGUGAACAACACCUGGCUGCUGGGAUAACUACCCUCUGCAACCUCACACAUACUGCAACUAAGGACACCACGUGCCACCAGAGUCAGCAGUUGUCAACUUUGUCUUCCCCGCUGCUGUCAUUAGUGGCUCGAGACACUCUUCAGCCAUUCAGGGCCUUGUCACCAUUACACACUCCUGUCAAUUUCUGCAGCUCAAACAAGAUCAAAGGGCUACGCAAACCAGUCCGCUGUCUUGGAGUGGCCUCUCAGCCUGAGGAAGAGGAGGAGGAAGGGGAAGCUGAGCAGCUUGAGAUGAAGGGUAAAAGGCAUGGAGGCCGAGGAGAGGCCAUAAUGGAGGACAGGCUGGAGGACAUGGCUGAUGGACCUAAAAAUGCAAAAAUCACCCUAAGCUUCCCACUUAGUGCUGGACCCCUGCCAGCCUCUCUGACGUCUCCAAAUCACUGUCGUAGCUCCUCUUCGUCCUCCCCUUCCCCCCACCGGCGACGACCAUCCUCUAAGAGCUCAGAUGAGGGGUCACUGUGGAAACUGGAUGCUACCAUGGACGUAAAGCACAGACCUUUUAAGGCCCAGAGGCACGACAGCUCUCCGUCCUCUUCACCCUCCUCCUCCUCAUCUCCCAUGACUGUUCAUGCACUUAUCAGGAAGGAUAUUAAAUCCCCGCCUCCUCUCAAGUGCUCCAAACUCAAUCCAGAGACUCAGUUUCACAAGUCGCCCCCAAGAUCCUCCAGCGGGUCUUUAGGGGGCUGUUAUGGUGGUGAUGGAUGGGAUGAAAGGCACAGGGUGACCAACGGUACAGCCUCGCCCUCUCAAACUGCCCAGAUCCUCUUCAGUCUGGGCACAUCGGCCUAUCAGAGAGGCGGGGAUGCAGAGAGGAGAGAGAAAAUAACAGGAAGACCAGCUGGGAAGGUGGGAAGCCCUCAUGGACCAAGUCUCCACCCACCCACCCUCCACCUCCCUCCCCCGCUACCACCACCUCCUCCUCCCCCAUCUGAGGGCCUCACUGCCCCCCCUCAUUCGUCCUCUUACUCCCCUACUGACAGCCUGAAGCCCGAGCUGAUUUGCGGGGUGUGCCAUCGACUCUUCAGCUCAGCCUCCUCGCUAACGGUCCACAUGCGGCUGCAUCGUGGCAGCCGCGCCCUCAGCUGCCGUUUCUGUGGCAAAGUCUUCAUCCACAGCAAGAGACUGCAAUCCCACGAGGCCUCCUGCAGGGUGCCAGGCCUGCCCUCCAACAGCCCUCCAUCUCUCAGUGUGCAUCCAAAGGAGGAGCCGCUGGAGGAGGGUGAGGUGAGAGUGGAGGGGGGGAUGAUUGUGGGAGAAACAGACAUCAGUAAGGCGCGGCCAGGGAAGAAAGCACGGAGCCUACUGGCACGUAUCCAAGGUGAUGAUGCAGCAGCCACUGAGCUACUGGCAAGUGAUGAGAACCAUUUUGUGAAGGUGGUAGAUGGCAAUGUCAUUUACUUCUGCUCUGUGUGUGAGCGUUCCUACAUGACCCUAUCCAGCCUCAAGCGUCACUCAAAUGUGCACUCGUGGCGCCGCAAAUAUCCAUGCCAUUUUUGCGACAAGGUCUUUGCCCUGGCUGAGUACCGCACAAAGCACGAGGUGUGGCACACGGGAGAACGCCGCUACCAGUGCAUCUUCUGCUGGGAUGCCUUCGCUACCUACUACAAUCUCAAAACACACCAGAAGGCUAUUCACGGCAUUAACCCCAGCCUCAUCUCCAGUGAAAAGACAGCUAAUGGAGGUUAUAAGCAGAAGGCUAAUGCCCUCAAGCUUUACCGUCUUCUCCCCAUGCGCUCCCAGAAGAGACCCUACAAGACAUACAGUGACAGUUUGCAUAAUUGCCUGCUUAUGCCGCCAACUGAAACACCUUCCGUAUCACUGCCUGGCCUGGGCUGUGGUCUGGGACCUGAAGACCUACAAAGCCUCAUCAGUGGGUCCCACCCUCAGAGUGUAAAGCCUGACCCAGAUGCCUUCCCUGAUGGCUUCCCUGUUUCUGGGGCUUCUGAGCACAGGGACCAUUCCCCAUUAACACCCCUCUCCCAAACAGAAGUGCCCCAAGUUCGAAAACAUGAAAGUGAGGCCAGUGAGUUAGAGCAGGGUAGAAGCAGUGGCAGCUUCAAAAUGUCUAGUAGCAGCAAAACCAAAACUCCUAAGACUGGGAGUGCCACAGACACAAGCAUGCCGUCUGUGAUAACAUAUGGCCAUACAAAACCCUCUGUCAUAGUUCAUGGAACAGCAGUGUCAUCCUCCGUCAUUGUGCAUAGCAACCAGGUCUCCUCCGGAAGUGAGAAAAGCCCAAUGAACAGCUUGUCCUCUGAAACCAGCAGCAGUCAGACUUCACAUAAGGGCAUUCCCAGGUCAAUCAAAAAACAAAGAGACAGUUCAGACAACCACAAAAAGAGAUCCAGAGACAGUUCAGAUACAACAGAGGAGGGCUCAAGAGGUAGACAAGAUGCAGAGACAAGCAGAUCAUUUCACAAAUCACGCAGGUCCCACGGCAAGAGUGACAACUCCAACUCAAAGCAGCUCUCAACAUCUGUAGGGUCACAGGUCAAAGAGGCAGGGCCACUGUGCCAGAUUACUGUACGUAUUGGUGAGGAAGCCAUAGUAAAACGUAGCAUCUCUGAGACAGACCUCAGGAGAGACAAGGGCCUUUCCCCCCCAAAAAACAAGAGAAGCGAAGCAUCGUCUGUGCGGGAAGCCAAGGAACUCCGCCACUCUCACUCCCACCACCAUCACCAUAAACACCGCGUCCACCACAGAGCCAGCAUGGAAGCAGAGACUGAUGACAAAGAAGUAGAUUGUGAGGAGGAGGAUGAGGAAGAAGAAGAGGAUGAGGUUGGGAAAAGGAGCUCAAAAUCUCCUGAUGAAGUGAGGGAGUACUACUUCCGUCGACAGGUGCGUGAACAAGACAGUGACCAUGACACAGAGGACAAUUUAUGGCGGCCUUACUAUUCGUACAAGCCUAAGAAAAAGGCCCAAGCACAUCUGCAGAGGGUCAAGAGCUGGCAGAGAAAACUGAAGUACAAGCGAUCCAUCCGACUGAAGAGGAGAGCAGAGAGGCUUAAAAACCGUGUGAAUAAAGAGACAGAGAAAUCACAAGAUGAGGAAGAGGAUGGGAAGCUUGAGGAGGCUGGACAACUGUCUAAAGCCAACACGGAAAAGGGGGAGGGGAAAAAGAAAAAAUAUCUCUGUGCCCCUUUAAAGGACAAAAACAAAGAAGCCGAAAAACAUGUUAAGGAGGCCUGUCAUGAGGUUUCCACCCCUCCUCUGCACUCUCCAAAGCCUCCUCUGUCUACCUCAGUGGCUCCUACGGGAAUAAAGAGGCGGCCGUGGACUAAUGGGAAUGCAGCAGAGUGUGGUACAUGUGGCCGCUGGUUCUCAAGCCCCAGGAAGCGAGACAAACACGAGCUAAGCCAUCUGCUGGAGUUUGUAUGCCUCUUCUGCCGAGCCACUUUCCCUUCAAGGGAUAAAUUGGAAGAUCACCAGAGAGCCCAGCAUCCCAAGCCUACUGAGGCACCCUCUGUGCCCCCUAAAAUGGCCCAUGGCGAACAAGUGGAAGGGGUCGGGGUCAAAUCUGUGCCAGAGAUAGCGAAGUAUGAUGAAGAAAAAGUGGGCUUACUAGGGAGAAAUUCUAGUCCAAGUCGCCUAAGCAGGAGAGCAUUAUCACGGCACACCUGUCCACAGUGUCAUAAGGUGUGCAAGACGUCUUCAGCACUAACCCGCCAUAUCCGACGCCAUGAGUUAAGCAGUUCCCCAGAGAGGGAAAAGGAAGAUAAAGACUCAGAGCAAAAAACAGCAGAGACAGUUGUUAAGACUGUUAGCAGAGACCUACAGACUGAAAAUGGACAGGUUCCCAGUGCUCUGUCUGUUUCGGUUAUUAGUUAUUCAACACCAGACCCGCCCAGCGACUGUUUGGCAUCACAGCAGCAUGAAGACCAUCUCAGUGAACCGACAGAUGAACAUCAGAUGUCAGAAUCCAGUGACAAAACUGAACUGACAGAGCUCACAUAUCCAGCUCCUGAGAGAGAGCCGAGUCCAAAAAUUGCAGACCCUCCAUCAGAAACCCCAGUUAACCUUACACCCAAUAAACCCGAAUUCACGCCUGCCGCACCCUCUACUCUCCAGAGCGUGUUAGUCAUGAAUGGACCUGAAUGUCUGGACUACCGCACCCCCAGCAAAAAGAACUUAGACAGCCAGAUCCACAGAAUACCCAGCCCUGUGCACAUCGUGGCAUCCACCAACACCUCUCCAAAUAUGCCCAUGACAUCACAGACCAGAAUAACCACUGCUGCUCCUCCUGUUUCCAUGACAACAGUUCCCAGCUCCGAGGGGGGAUUCAUGAAACGGGAUGGGGUCAUUAUGGACAGGGAGAGGCAGGGUGGGAGUGGUGUAUUUCUGCAUGCAGGUUAUGAGGAACCACCGCUGGUCCAAGAUCUCAGAGUUCCAUCCCUGUCCAGGAGCCCCUCUCCCAACGAAGCACAAGACCUGACCAUGUCCUCUAUACUAGCGAGAGAGAGGGAGAUAGAGAGGCAAAGAGAGAAGGAGAGGGAGCUCGAGAGACAGAGAGAAAGGGAGAGGGACAAAGAAAUGGCAAAAGAGAGAGAAAAAGAGAUUGAGAGGGCUCAACAAAUGAGUAGAGUUGCACAUGCCCCUGAGGACCAGAUUGCUCUGUUGGUCCCCAAAGAGGAGCCCUUGAGCCCUGUGCCGUCCCCCCAGCAUAUCCCCACUCAAACCACUAUGAAUGGACCUUCCUCACACAGGCACACUCCUAAGUCCCCCUGCCGGUCCCCCACAACUAUUGGACUCUUAGCUCAAGCCAACCGCCAGGUUCACUCCAGUUCACAAGGACUCGACAGACUCACACUGCCCACUGGAGCAGCUGGGGCCGGUGACCGCCCCUCUGCCCACGCUCUGCUUCUCCCCCGAGCCCCACAACCACCUGAGCCAGAGCACCAGGACAUUGUUUCUUCCAGAGGUCCCCAGCAGGGGGAGGUCACACCAGUGGGUUUCCCUGCCCAGGACUAUCCCCUACCCCUUCUUGUGCCGGACAGUUAUCACUCUGGUAAGAAGCAGGAAGAAAGCCUGCUCAUGUCCUCCUAUCCUGCUGGAGCUCAUCACUUCGGCCCGCUGGGAAAGGUGAUGGUCCCUAAUGGCGGGGACUUGGCCAAGCUGCCAUUCUAUCCAGACCCUUACCAGCUGCUCUAUGGACCCCAGCUUUUGGCCUACCCCUAUAACUUGGCGGCUCUUCCUGUGGCUCUGAAUAUGAUGGCACCUGGAGGGGACAAAGUGGAGCCUCUGCCCUUCCUCCCCGCCAUCUUCAACUACACAGCCGCUGCUGGGCCCUACAUGAGCGCAGCGCCUCAUCCCCUCGUGGCCAAUCCCAGCCUCUACAGCAGCAGCAGCGGCAGCGGCAAGAAGCAACGAGACAGCAGCAGCGGCAAACCAUAGGACCCAGAAGCACUACAAGGAAUAUAUAUUUUAAAGGGGACGGCCUGGCCUGUUUAGGAUGGGAGCGGGAGGGGGUGUGUGAUCACUGGGUCACUGAGUACACUUGCACAGUACCCCUGCCUCUCUUUUAUUCAGUAGAGAUCAGAGCUAGGCAUUUAAUCAGGAGAGGGUGUGAAGGGAGGAGAAGGAGCAAAGAAACGGGGAGGAAAGGCUGAUGUUAUAGUGACGUAUCAUUACUCCCCUCUCUUUACUCUCCACUCACCUUUCUCCAUGUCUCCUGUUUUGCUGUAGUGUGUCGUAGAUCUAGAGCUUGAUUAAUCGUCCUCUCUGACCCAUUAUAUUAUCUAUAAUAUAAGAAUAAGAACUGCUAACAGGGUGUGUGUUGUGUGAAAAAUUAGUUCAGUCUGCUUCCCUUUAUAGUCGCCCCAUAAUGAGGAUAAACGCUCUUCUGGGAAGGUUUGUGUGGGCAAGGAUAAGGGAUGAGAGUCCUUACUCGACACAGUUGGAGGUGGAGCAUUAAGCAACUCAAAACCUGUGUGUGUGUGUGUUUGUAUGAGCGAAUGAGAAUACAGGCGUAUCCUGUUGUCAAGCUGUCCAUGAAGGUUAUAUAUGAGCAUGUAUAUGCACAGUAUGUAAGGAUUUGUGCAUGCAGAGGUGGGCAUAUGCAGGUGUUACUGCAUAUGGGUGAAAGUGAGUGUGUCUGUGUGUGUGUGUGUGUGUGUGUGUUAUACUGUGUGUGUGUAUGUGAGUUUAUGUGUGUGUGCGCUUUGAAUGGUGGGGUAUGUGCAUGAAUGGCUAAGAUCAUUCCGUGUGAGACGCACACAGCAUUCCUGCUCUAGUUGGAAUACCUACUGUAGGUCAGUGUGUAGAAGUGCAUUUAGAAGCGAUUCCUCAUAUCCAAAUCAUUAAGAAGUCAAAGCUAUAGCUAGACACAAGUCUAUGACAAUGACAGAUCAUCUGAGCUUCUAAUGUCUCGACUCACCUGGCGACUUUGUGGCCAGAUGACACUGUAGGAUUUGUAUAGCAUUCACUAUAGUUUAUACCUUAUGUGCACAAAAUAGAGAAGUAGUGGUCACUUAAAGGGGACACUUGUAGCUGCUUUGGAUAUGUAGCUGGCCACUGGGUAAGGAUUGCAGGCUGGUAGACCAUUGCACUUCCGUUCUUCAUCUCAUUUCCUUCACAUGAGAAAGGAAAAAGAAUAAAAACCAGUCAGCCUUCAUCUUGAGUAGCUUUUUCCUCUUUGAUUAGAGGAGGAAAAGGCUCCAGUUUCCUAAGCCAGGAAGAAGAAAGUGACAGCAAGGAAGGAAAAAUAAAAAUGGAUUCAGGGUAUUGAGUUAAUUCUGGAUAGGGAAAGAAAUAUAUGGGCACAAAACUGUAGGUCUUUGAGUCAAAACCCCCUACAGAAAGGACUUUGGGGACAAAAACAUCCCUUUCAACAGCUGAGAGAAGAUUGGAAAUGGCCCGAACUAUUUCCAUUCCUUCCCUGUGUCAUUUGCAAAGAGGUAGAAAAAGGCUGUGUUUAGCAGCCAGAGAGGUGGCCGGAAAUCCCCGGAUGCCCUCCUCGGGCUUUGUUGUUAUGUGUUAUCACUAUAUGUUUGUUUUGUUCAACUAUGUUGUUGUUUAUGUUGUUUAGCCCUCUUACCAGAUGGAAGUGGCUUCAGUGAAAAAAGGGGGAGUAAACUUAAAAACAUGAAUGUAAAUUUAGUCAUGAGGUUAAUGAAGUACAGCUGCAUUAAUGGUAGAGUUGGUUUCAGUUCCUUUUUGUUUCUGUUUUGACACAAAUAACCUGUUAAAGAACCGUAUAACGUCUGGUAUGCAUAUAUACAGUAGUCCUAGGAACAUGUCAGUAAACUUGGGUUCUGUAUCCACAAAGCAUGAGCAACACUUGCUUCCUAACCGUUUAUAUCCUCAGCAAAUCUGGCAUUGUGCGCACAGCUUUUGUUUCUGUUUCCUUCUAUAUUUUCUGGCCUCUUAAUCUUCCAUAUCUCUGUUAAUAUUUUUUUUAUUAAUCAUAGACCGCAGUUUUGGAAAAAAAUCCACAGAACUUGCCGCCACAUUUUAAGCCUCACAGUCACUACUUGGGAGCUGCUCAGUUCUCCCUCCCUCCCUCAAGCAUACACUCGCGCACUGCAUCUCCUACGAAUGAAGUACAUAUGUGUCAGUCUGUGUGCACAUGUGUGUGUCUGUGUGUGUGUGUGUGUGUGUGUGUGUGUGUGUGGGUGUUUUUGUGAUGGUACUGAGGCGCCUUUUGGUCCGAGCAGAAGUGUAAAAACACAGCGUGACUGACUGCAGGGGUGCACAGGCAUCCCCUUGGGUGUGGUUACAAGCCUUUGGCGUGUGUGCGUACGUGCUGUGUGUAUGAGAGCGAGUGACUGUGUGAAUAAGAAAACCAAAAUAAAUCUGCCUAAGCAGCAUAUCCCUUGGCAGUAUACGGGCCACCUGUUAUUAUUUUUGUUCUUUGACACUUUUCUGUGGGUUAGUUUCAGUGUAAAAAAGCCUUGCUGUCUCCAAUACACUAUGUCAAGCCAUUCCUGUAGAUGGACAUGUUUGUGUUUUUGGACCAUUUCUUAUGCCAUAGUUUGCCAUCACGGUUAUCAUACAGACCAAAAGCAUGCAAAUCGACGUAUUGUAGUGACUGGACUGGAAUCUGGUGGUAAUAUACAACUAUUUACUGUAUGUUUUAGUUUAAAUGAAUGUGCCUCUGCUUUGAUAUUUAAAAUAAUUAUCUAUAGUAAGAUGUGGAUCUGCCAGAUUUCAACUGUUAAGGUGCCUUGUUAUGGCAUAAGAAAUUUGAUUAGUAAACAAACGUUUUCUUGAGAAAUGACAAUAUGAUUUGGAGAUAGAUCUCAUGGCUUUGUUUGCUAUGAAGCUGUUCAUAGAUGUAGAGGUGUGGCUAAACUGUUUUGGUAUCGUGUACAUGUCUAGGAUAAUACUGUGCCAUAUAGAGCCCACAAAAUAUGUUAAUGUUAUUUUUAAAAGAUGUUUUAAUGUUGCCUGAUGACUUUGUCUUUAGAUUUGAUACAAAGGCUUGUAGCCACAGCUCUCCCAAAGUCUGUAGUCUCCUUUUCCAACAUUCUUCUUCUUCUCUCUCUCCCUCCCUCUCGCUCUCUCUCUCUCUGUCUCUCUCUUCCCUCGUUUCUGUCUCCCUUUCUUUCUCUUUGCUGCAAUCAAACAAAAUAAAGUAUUAACCUGAUGACCCAAUG